GGAACUCGCCAGAAAUCACUGCGAGAGGCCAUUCAGGGGCACCCGGGCGAGGAGCGGGUGAGGCCGAAAGGGAUCACCGAAGACCGUUAGGGUGUACAGGGACUGGAGGCUACUCUCCUGGGGUCAAAAUGAACCGUAGUCUUCCUCCGCGGGCGGUGGCCCCCAUCGACGCACACAAGACAGGGGCGGCCGCUAGUCGAGACAAUUCGAACACCCCGCCAUGCGCACGCGCGAUGUGGCACAGACUCCGGAGUCUCGCGGGAUCUUCCCGUUUCAGCCUCUCAGGUACGCGAUAACUGGCGGGAGCUCCAGAGAGGCCACAGCGAACUAGCUCAGCCGCUCUUGGCUGCGUCGCGAGCGGUCCACAUCCUCUCCCGCGGGCAGCCUCACGCCUACCCAAGUGGCUCGGCGGGCAGUGGCCGGGCACUUGGGCCAUGGGCUUGACCCGCGUGAGGGCCGUGUUCUUCGACCUGGACAACACGCUCAUCGACACGGCGGGAGCGAGCCGGAGGGGCAUGUCAGAGGUAAUAAAGCUACUACAAUCAAAAUACCAUUAUAAAGAAGAAGCUGAAAUAAUCUGUGAUAAAGUACAAAUUAAACUCAGUAAAGAAUGCUUUCAUCCUUACAGUAUGUGCAUUACAGACCUAAGGACUUCCCAAUGGGAAGAAGCGAUCCAGGAAACAAAAGGUGGUACGCACAACAGGAGAUUGGCUGAGGAAUGUUAUUUCUUGUGGAAAUCUACUCGUCUACAGCAUAUGACCCUAGCUGAAGAUGUCAAAGCCAUGCUCACAGAACUUCGCAAGGAGGUCCGCCUACUCUUGUUAACAAAUGGUGACCGACAGACACAGCGGGAAAAGAUUGAGGCUUGUGCCUGUCAGUCCUACUUUGACGCUAUUGUUGUAGGCGGAGAGCAGAAAGAGGAAAAACCAGCGCCUUCCAUAUUUUAUCACUGUUGUGAUCUCCUUGGAGUACAGCCUGGGGACUGUGUGAUGGUUGGUGACACAUUAGAAACUGAUAUACAAGGAGGUCUCAAUGCAGGGCUGAAAGCUACAGUCUGGAUAAACAAGAGUGGUAUCAUGCCACUAACGUCCCCCAUUCCACAUUAUAUAGUUUCUUCGGUGCUAGAACUACCUGCUCUCUUACAGAAUAUCGAUUGUAAAGUCAAUUUGUCUGUUUAAAGCACAUAAAAAGGCACACAGUGGAAUUGAGAGGACAAGACUGUUUUGCUGGGGAUAAGUUCAAGCCACAAGGCACCAAAAGUCCUCUUCCUCCUGUUUGUCCACAAGAGAACUGCUUCCAUGCAGGCUAACCAUGUACCCCAGCCCUAUUUGUUCUCUAAGAGUUUCACCCAUAUGAUAAAACUAAUAGAAAAUUAAGUUUUGCUAUGAACCGUUUCUACCAUGCCAUUUUAAUAUUUGAGUGACUAUUAAAUCUUAAAUCUUUUCCACAUUUUCAGAGCCAUCAUUGUAUCUAAUUCAUCAUUAUAUCUAAUUCAAGGUUCAUUUUGAGUUUAAUCAAAACCUCCAAUAGCAAGACAUCAGUUUGUAAUGAGAAGUUUUCCCAGAAUUAGUAGGCUAGACAAUCUCAUGAUUCCACUAAGCAAGGUUGGAGUGAAGCAGUUAAUAAAAGAUAUUACUUGGGGUUUUGUCUUUGUUUUUACAUUAAGUACUGAUGUAAGAUAUUGGACUAUAUGUUUGGAUGAGUAUAGCUGUAACUCUUAAAAAUGAUACUCAAAAUCAAGUUCUAGACCAUAUCUGAAUCUAAAAGCCAAUUUUAUGUCUAAAAACUGGGUUCUCUGCGUUGUGCAGAUGUUCUUUGUGUUUGCUCUGACUUGAUUUUUAAAUAUACAAUUGUGCCUUGACUGCCCUACUGUAUUGUUACAAUGAAACUAAAGAUCUGUGAACAGGGUGUAUUUAUAAUGGUGCCUAUAUGCUUUGAUUGGAUUUUAGCUACUAAAAGUUGUUAAAGUUGGGAGGAUUUUGGCAAAAAUAAUUAUUGUGCAUGAUUUCUCUAAUAGAUUAAUUGACAUGUAAUGCUGAGGCCUCAUCCUUUUAACUGUCCCACAGGGUGGACGCGGUAGUGUCACACUCAUGCUGACUGGUAAACGUUUGUCAUUCCUAUGUCAUGGUAGCAAAUCUCAUCAAGACAGCUUCUGGAAAGUUAUGUGAACAAUUCUUCAGCCAAAACGAUUGGGGGAAGAUAAGAGAUAAAACAUCCUUGUCUUCAUGGUGUUCCACAUUCCAUUUGCACCUUCCUCAGGGAAGAACUUCAUGCUUUUUACCUUUUAAGUUUAAUGUCACAGAAGAAACUUUAAAACUUUGGCAUAGAUCUAUGGUUUUUAUUAAUAAUGUUUUUGGUUU